AUGAAGGUACCACGAUUUCCUGUGUACAUUGACCAGUUCUAUUCGGAAGAUAAUCCCGAUGCGGUGUAUCUACUGUCUCAUUUCCACACAGAUCACAUGAAGGGGCUGUCACAUUCAUGGUGUGCGGGUUUAAUUAUUUGCGAAGCGGUGACACGAGCACUGCUUAUUCAAAAGUACGGAGUUUGCAUGGAGAAGUGUUCGGUGUCAUUGCCCUUGUUUCAAAGAACGCCUUUUUUGAGGAUGGUCACAACAACCUCUUCUAAAGUCGCUCCAGAUAGUGCGGAAGAGAGAGAAUUUGUGCUGGAUACGGUUAAAGAUAAUGGCAGCGAUGAGAACUGUGGUAGCAAUUUUGGUGAGGAUGGGAUGGUGAUGUUGUAUCUCUUACCUGCUUUCCACAUCCCGGGUAGUGUCAUGUUCUUUCUUGAAACACCUUUUGGUAAUGUUCUCUACACCGGCGAUUUCAAAUACGACGAGUACGCCAGACGCCGUCUUGAUCCCUUCUUUGCCGAUCAUUCUGUGGAUCAUGUAUACGUGGAUGAUACAUGGUUGCAUUUGGGAAUCCCAGAGGUGUCUCCCUCCAUGAGGGGCAAUGAAGGUACACGGGUGCUAAGCAAAAUGCUCUCAGAGACGGAGUUGGAAGAAGCUAUCGAGGCAGUUGGUCGUCGUAUGGACUGGCGUGUGCGUGAGUUUUCACUUGAAAAAAAUUCUACCAACCCACUAUGUGGCCCGUACGUGGUGCGGGUGUAUUUACACAAUCAAUUUGGUAAGGAACAUAUCGUUCAACGCCUUGCAACACGGCUUGGGGUUCCAGUUGUCGUUGACGAUUCCCGGUACGAGCGCAUUCGUCUUCUUGCCUCGUUCAAUGAAACGACUGCGGAGGUUCAUGAAAAGUUUUGUCUCGUUGCUGACCGCUUCGUAACCUAUGCGAACUGCAAGUCAUUCCCUCGCAUAGAGGUGGUCUCUUCCCUUAAAGAAAUCGCUCCCGAAGAGCUUCGGGCUGCCGCUGAGAGAAGUGGGGGGACACCGCACUACGGUAUUGUGAUGUCUGGCUGGGCUCUCCUACGGCGACGUGGCGGUGGAGACGAUGAAGCAUUGGUAUGGGAAAUACCAACGACACUGCACUCCACGCCGCAGCAAAUCAUUGAUUUUAUUGCGCUGUUGCGUCCCAUGUCUGUGACGCCGCUGCACUACAAACCUUGCCGCGGGGCAAUGGUGCUGCAGCGACUCGGACCCUUUUUGCGGCGACCGUACGUGAAUCAAUUUUUAUCCGUUGCGGAUAGUCUGAAAGACGAAUCGGGGGAAUGGAGGCGCUGCAUUCAGCCUUCUGGCAGCAAUAAACAGGAGGUGGUGGUUUACCCACCGAAAAGAAGCGGGUUUUGUAUCGGUCCGUCCUUCAAGUCCGAAUUGUCGCCUCACCCGCAUAAUGCCUUUACUCCCGGGGUGGAGCGAGAGGGGCGCAAGCGACCACGCGAAGCUUUUUCUUCUUCAAUUCAAACCGUGCGCCAUGAUGACUCAUUUUGUUCUGCUACGCCGUCUCUCACUCAACUGGCAGAGUUUUUUGACCUCUGA